CCCCUCGGACAGCGUCCUCGCAGCACCACGAGAGAUUAUACUCCAGCCUGACAAAUAUAUGCUGGCGUUAGUGCCGGGGUCGAUCUGACCACUUUCCCGCCCAGUUUAUUCCUCAGAUGCGGUAGACGAGCAAUUACUAAGAAGAGGAGUCACGGCUGGUUGUAGUGAAACCACCCACCUCGCGCCGCCCCGACUAGUUUUUUUUUUCCUGUCCCGUCCCGUCGUCAGUUAAUCAGCAGCUUCUUCGUCCCGUUUGUUUUACGUUCCUGGCUACGACGGCUUUGGCUUUGCUUCUUUGGAAGUCGAUAGUCAAGUUGACAAGAGUCGAAGAGAGGUGUUAGUUCUCAGACUGCACUAGCAGGACUCAACUUGUUGGAAGCAACCCUUCGUCCUGAGUUGUCCGCCCAGUCGCAGUUUCACCAUGGAAGUGCCUCCCAAGUCCGACGGCGAGUCUACGCCACCGGCACAGACUUACAGCCUCAGCGAUGAGCCUCGCAACGACGUCGACGUUGACACGGCCGAAGCGGAGAGACGCCUGGUCCGCAAACUGGAUCUGCACAUCAUCCCGCUCAUCAUGGCCCUGUACCUCUUCAGUUUUCUUGACCGAGUCAACAUUGGCAACGCACGCUUGUACAAGCUCGAAGAGGACCUCGGCCUCUCGUCACAGCAGUUCCAAAUCUCCGUGUCCAUCCUCUUCGUCACCUACCUGCUGUUCGAGGUCCCGUCCAACCUGGUCCUCAAGCUCUUUACGCCGCGCCGCUGGAUCGCCUUCAUCGCCGCCGCAUGGGGGCUCAUCGCGACCCUCACCGGGUUGGUCAACUCGUACGGCGCCUUGCUUGCCUGCCGCCUGUUGCUGGGCGCCGUCGAAGCAGGUCUAUUCCCCGGCCUGACAGUCUACCUGACCUUUUUCUACACCAAGCGCGAGUUGGCCCUGCGAGUGGGCUACCUGUUCGUCAGCGCCGCCGUAGCUGGCGCACUGGGCGGCCUGUUGGCGUACGGCAUCGGGCACAUGGACGGCGUACGGGGCAUGAGCGGGUGGCGCUGGAUCAUGCUGAUCGAGGGCAUUCCGAGUUUUCUAAUUGGCAUUGUGACGUACUUUGCGCUGCCGAACGAUGCGGACACGGCGUACUUCCUCGACGACCGGGAGCGGGCGCUGAUGCGGACGCGACAUGCGCGCGAGUACGGCAACACGGCGUCGAGCCGCGAGUUCAGCAAGGCGGAUAUGAUGAUGGCGUUCAAGGACUGGAAGGUCUGGGCGUUUUGCGUUGCGCAGUUUGGUGUUGAUACCAUGCUCUACGGCUUCUCAACUUUCCUCCCUACCAUCAUCCUCGGACUUGGGAAGUGGACCACGGCUGAGGUCCAGCUCCUUACUGUGCCGUGCUACUUCCUCGGUGCCGCGGCAUACAUGUCGACGGCGUACAUGUCGGACCGGAUGCAACGCCGGGGUUUAUUCUGUGUCAUCUUCGGCGCUAUUAGUGUUGUGGGCUAUGCAAUUCUGCUGGCCGACGUGUCUUCGGGCGUGCACUACUUUGGGUGUUUCCUCGUCGCGGGCGGGCUGUACGUUGUAGUUGGUCUGCCGCUGGCUUGGUUGCCGACCAACUCGCCCCGUUACGGAAAGCGGACCACGGGCACGGGUAUGCAACUGACAAUGGGGAAUGCCGCAGGCAUAAUGUCUGCAUUCAUCUACCCCGCCGCGGACAAGCCUCGCUACACCCGCGGACACGCCGUGACACUUAGCAUGGUCGGCCUGGGAACAGCCAUCUACGCGUUCUUGUGGUUCUGGUACCGCCGAGAGAACCAGCUUCGCGCUGCCGGCGAGAUCAAGGAGAAGCACCGCGGGAUGGGGGAGGAGGCGUUGAUGGAGUUGGGAGACGAGAGCCCGCAUUAUCGGUACACGAUUUAAAUGGGCGAGAGGAACGCGAGGAAUGCCAUGGACUCUUUGAACAGUUGGGGUCGGGGAAUCAGAGUUAUACUCGGGGUGCAUGGAUCAGAAUGAGAUAGAAAAAGUCGGAGACGGUAGAGUUAAGGGUAGCAUUCCUCGGGGGCAUGUAUCGCUUUAAUUACCUCAAACCGAGAGGUUUAGGCUUCCGUUAGUAGAUUUACAAUAUCACCACCAGGACAUACUGGGGAUAAGUUGGAGCUAAGCAAGUAAUCUUGAGG